AUGCAGACAGCGGCGACGCCGGUCAGUGGCCAGUCGUGGCACGAGGCGGUGGAUGGACGAUGCUAUUCCUUUUCCACCGAGCUCCUCUUUGCUGGCACAGGCGUGGAAGCCGCUACAGGGAAGGCGGAGGCCACCCUAGAAGCGACGACUCAAAGUCUUCUACAUCGACGUCUAGAUCGAAGCAAACGAGGCAGUGGUAGUGCUGGCAAUGGCACCGCAAGGUGCACAAACGGACGCCUCAAAAGCAGAGGCGGUGGGCACGGUGAUACAGAUGGAGGAGAAGAACAACACCAGACUGAACAUCCUCCUCACACUCCCAACGCCGUCGUCUGCUGGAAGUGUAAUAAGGUGACCUCCCAAUCAGUAUGUCAUGGGAGCAAGAGCAGCAGCAGUAGUUGCCCGAGUGCGAAUCGAGCCUCCGUAGGCACCUGUGACCACACUAGCAAUCUCUCCACUCCCCAACCUGUAGAAUUAGGCAAUAUCUUUCCCAAGGGUAUGGCGACACAGGAGCGUCAGUCUUCGGCACCGCCACUCGUAAUGACGAGCCGGAUUAGCUCGUACAGGGACUGCACGACGAGAAUGCCCUCAUCACCCUUGCAGACUCCACCCUUCAGUCCAAAACAAAGCUUUCAGCACCACAGUCACCACCUUCAGCAUCCUCAAAAUUAUCAUCCCCCUCAACAACAGCAACAGGAACAACCACCAGGCUCGGGGGCGAGCAGCUGGACAUCAGGAUCAUCGAGGAACGCCGCAUCGAGUACUGGCAAUCCCUCGCCAUGUUUCCUCAGAGCUACUGGUGUCUCACCGACGGAUGUUUACUCAUACAAUCAAGCAGAAUGGGACACUAACUACAAAGCCGACACACCUGCAAUCUCACUGCCACCUCCACAAGCACUAACCUCGACGCCUACCAGUCUGGGAUGGGUGGUGUCCGAGUACGCGAAGGAAGGGGCAGAGCGGGAGGGGGAGAAGGGGCUUCACUGGCUUGACCCCCUUGGCUCCUCCUCACCACCUCCUCCACCCCAGCCCUCAAAGCAGCAGUCACAACAGGUGUCGGGUAGUGGUGGUAGUGGCGGACAAAUUCAGCUGUGGCAGUUCCUGCUGGACGAGUUGCAAGACCCUCUCUCCUCGCGCUACAUCUGCUGGACGGGCCACGGCGCUGAAUUCAAGCUGAAAGACCCCAACGAGGUGGCCCGCCGAUGGGGUCUACGAAAGAACAAGCCGAAGAUGAACUACGAGAAGCUGAGCCGAGGACUACGCUACUACUACGAUAAGAAAAUCAUUGAGAAAUCUACGGGCAAGCGCUACGUCUACCGGUUUUCGCCGAAGAUUGAGGAGCUGAUCAAGCGCACCAAGGGUGUUGGACCCAACUUCUACCGCGACAGUGGAACCAGCAGUGCCAAAGGCAGCGACAACACGCCCCUAUGA